UUUCAGAGCGAAAAUGGAAUUGGGACCGAAAAUCGCAUUCCCUCAAUUUAUCGUCGUCCAAUCCAACGACAAGACUGAUUACCUGAGCUAUACACGUGGGGGUGACACUGAUGGAUAUCUCAGGUUCUUCGAAUAUCAUGUUCUGAACCCGUACGCCAAGUUUGAAGUGGAGUUUUCGACAAACGACAUGGUGCACAUAAGAAGCUGUCAGAACAACAAAUAUUGGGAACGAACCAAAAAUCUUUCCCUCACCGGAAGCACCAGCAGCCAGUACUGGAUUACCGCCACCGCCGGCAAGAAGGAGGAAGAUCAAUCCAAGGAGUCAUGCACUUUGUUCCAGGUUAUCUUUGUCAACGCCGCCCAGAAUACGGUCCGAUUCAGGCAUGUCCAAUCAGGAUGCUAUUUAUGCUUAUGGAGGUGGGACAAUCCGACAUACACUUGUUCUGUGUUGGCAAACUACAAGACUUAUGAUGGUCAAAGCGGUGAUAUCUUCACGAUUGUUGAUUGGAGUUCGUUGGUGAUUCUGCCCAAGUACGUAGCCUUCAAAGGAGACACCGGAAAGUACUUGGCUCUUCGUUCUAUUGAAGGCCACGAGUAUUUGCAGUUUAUAACAGAGGAUAUCGGUGAUCCAACCGUGGCAUGCGAGGUUCUUCAAAUGAGUGAUGGAACCAUCCAGAUCUGGCAAAUUUCUAACCGCCGCUGGUGGAGGCGUAGCCCAAAUUGGAUAUGGGCAGAUCUUUUUGACAUUCUCCCCUACCAAUUCAAGGAAUGCACGUUUAGCCCUGUAAAAGUUGACGAUCAGACCAUAGGUCUUAUCAACAUGGGCAACAAUUAUUUCUGCAAAAGACUCACAACCGAAGGCAAAACGGACUGCCUUAAUGCAGCAGUCACCACUCUUACAAAAGAAGCCCACCUAAAGGUGGAAGAGGCUGUGUUGACGAGAGAAAUUUACGGUGUCAAAUACGAUCUCGAUAAAUCCAGGGUCUACGACGAAACAAUCCUCAGCUUAGAUGAGAGGACUUCUGUGAACGAAACCCAACAAUCAUCCACCUUAGAUGUGCCGCUCUCGUAUGAAGAUACCAGGACUAGUUCUUGGAACACUGAUCUUUCACUAAUGUUGGGUCUGGCAUCCACGAUGGAGUUCAAAAUUCCACUCAUCUAUGACGGAAAAAUUGAACUAUCCGGUCAAUUUGAAUCAAGUAUCGAGUGGGGAAAUGUCACCACGGUGACCGCACUUGUAGAAACUGUACACAAAGUUACUGUGCCACCAAUGACUGAGGCCGCGGUUACUGCCAUGGGAACAUACGGUAAGUGCGAUGUCCCCUUCACAUUUCUGCAGAGGGACACUCUUUUCGAUGGGAGAACCGUCUUAUCUGAAGUUCAAGGCGGCGUUUUCACCGGUGCCAAUUACUACAGCGUCAACUUUGUGACCAGAAACAAGAAGCUGGAGCAGGAGCAGUGAGUCAAGGAAUGUGUCUGCGAGUAAAAUA